UAAAAAAAAUUAUCACUGACAAAUAAUGACAACAAGCUGUCUCGGUCAUCUCUAAACAUUUUAUUUUUAUUCAACUCCAAAUAAUUGUACAGUUUGGGGAAAAAUGGCAGAUGGUCUUGGAAGUGACGAUGAACUGAAUGUGCUCUUUGAACGUGUUUCCAUCAAGCUAGGAUGGCAGUCUAAUCAUGAUGCAAAUCUUGACGAGGUGUUUGAACAGCUUUCUCAAAGCACCAAGAAAAAGAAGAGUAAACGGAACAGAGCAUCGGUUAAGAAAAAGAAGAGCCAAACCACCUCAAAAAAGAAAACUCAAGAUAAACAUAGCAAUCAAUCUCACCCACCUCCUAUCACAAGUGGUCAGGAUGACCUAAGCCAAAGUACGUCACCAACAAAAGCUGACCAUGAAACCUCUAGAAACCUUCAGUUGGAGCUCCAGGCAGAAAGUGUUAGCACAAGUAGCAGUGAGGUCACCCCAUUAUAUAAGGAUAAGAAUGACAAAUACAAUGAAGUCUUGGGAGAUAUGACCCAUCUUGUGUCUCCAAAAAGCACAAAAGAUUCUCCAUCUAGUUCUCCACCUGGUAUUAAUGAUUACAAGACUCAGCUCAAAUUGGAGGGGUGUUCUUUACAUAGUGAGCUAGAUUCUGCAGAUGAGCCUUUGAGAGGAUCAGGAAUGGGUGUGCAAAAGAGUUAUAAACAUUCAAGCGAUAGCUGGGAAUGUGAAAACAAAGAGGAUGUACAAAGGCUGGAUGAAUCUCAAACCUCAACGGAGAGGGCAAUGAGGAGAGGUGAACGUGCAGUAUCUAGAGGAAGGAAGCUUCUUGCAAGCACGGAGGAAGGUAUCAGAACUUUUGCAGGGUUGAAGGAUGAGGCCGAAGAUGAUGCGUCAGAGGUUCCAACCAAAGACUUCACAGAGUCGCCCCAACCUAUGAGGUGGCUCAUGUCUCCUCCUGCCAUGAGACAUGAAUCAAAGCUGUCUCCUUUGCAUUCAGACAGCCAAGAUGAUGAUUCCAUUGACGAUUCCAAUAAAAACGCUGAUGAUAUCGGGGAUAUUUUUGGUGAAAACAUCCCAAGUUUGACUGAAAGACUGACACAGAGUCACAGAGAGAACAAAAAAUCAUUCCAGAAGAACAGGAGGAGAAGUUGUGCUAAUCCAAGAUCUGCUCCUGUUGUACUGGACAAUGAUUGGAUCGAUGAUGAUGAUGAUUUUGAUAAAGAAGAUGAGGGAAAACUUGGAGGGGAGGAUAACGGUGAUGAUGGCAUCCUAGAUGGGGAGACGAGGCUGGAUGUUGGAAAAGAUGGAGCAGAGGGAAGUGGGGCUUCUAGCAAAGAAGAGGAAGAGGAAGAUUUACACCAUGAUCCAUUGCCACAGAAGAAUGAUGGACAGACACUCAACACCAAUGCAGAAUCUUUUCAAAAAGCAAGGAGCAGACAUAAAGACACAUCAAGCAGCGAUGAUGACUUCGAAUCAUUCCUGAAAGCUGUCAAGACCCCCCAACGUCCAAAGCAACAAUCAGACUCAGACGAGGCUGUCUACGUGGUCGAUGAUGAUGACUUUAUCGAUGACACUCCCCUGGAGAGCAAGAGUGAUGACGAUGAUGAUGACGAAAUCUUUUAUCACAAAAUCAACAAUCUUGAUAAUCCUCUUACUAGUGAGAACAAAGCAGCCAGAAUUAAGCGUCCAACUGUUGGCAGUCGUUCUGGUAGCAUACUUAGCCAACUCAUUUCCUCAGACGACGAUGAUGAUGACGUCUUUGUGAUUCCAAAUAAAACUCCUGUUGUUAGAAAACCAAGUUCGAAAGUAGUCACUUCCACCACCUCAUUGAAGAAAACCCCAGCCAGGCAGCGCCGUCCCCUCCAGCCCACCACACUGCCUACUAACCGAUACCCGCACACACCCUCUCCAACCGAGCGAACCGCGCCAGUGUCGUUCCUCGCUUCUCUCUCCACCCCGGGGAAGGGAAUGUCGACCAGGUCAAGAUAUGUGAGUGACUUCAAACGGAAUAAGGAUGAGCUCACUCAGAAACUGUUCAAGCUCUACAAUGAAAGUAUCUUUGAAAGCAAGCUACCCUCUGACUUCAGUAUCACAUGGAACAACAGAAUGAGGAAGACAGCUGGAUUCUGCUUCUACAAGAAGAGGCUUGGUGACAGGACAGCUAGGAUCGAACUGUCUGUCAAAGUCUGUGACUCAGCUGAACGUCUAAGAGAUACAUUGGUUCAUGAGCUAUGUCAUGCCGCAGCCUGGCUGAUCCAUGGAGUUAGCGAUGGUCACGGGAAGUUCUGGAAGUACUGGGCUGCCAAGGCUAACCUUGCCCACCCCGAGAUCCCAGUCAUAAAGAGAUGUCAUACCUAUGAGAUCAACACCAAGUAUAAAUACAAAUGUGUUGAGUGUGGGAACAUCAUUGGUCGGCACUCAAAGUCAGUCGACACCAAGAGGUUCUGCUGUGCAUACUGCAAUGGCCGCCUGGAACUGCAGCCCACACUGAGAAAAGACGGCACCCCUGCCAGGGCACGGGGACCCAACCCCUUUGCUGCAUUCGUCAAGGAGAACUACGCAUCUGUAAAGAAGACCCACGGGGCUGCCAAACAUGCUGAAGUGAUGAAACUCCUCAGCCAAGAAUUCUCUACAAAAACCAAGAUCACUGAUACAUAAAAUCACUUCUUAAAACAUUUGAAUUGUAAAGCAUCGGUCGUGUGAACAAAGAUUCUAAUUACCAUGGAUGGCACAUGAUUCUUAGAGGCACUAUUCACAUGGUCAUUGAAUCAGAGUUCUGUGGGGUAUUUUAUCUAUGAUUCAGUGUGCAAUCUUGUUCGAUAAUCACUUGAAUUUUGGCACAUUUAGUAUGUUACUUUGAUUGCUCAGUAGGUGAAACUAACAAACUGAAAAGGUGGUACAAGUUUAAUUACAUUCUAUGCAGGGACCUCUUCCCAUAAAAAAAAAACAUUUUGAACAAAAUUUUAACAUUACAUUAUAUAUGUGACUGCAAUAGUAUUCAUUACUCAAUCAAUUCUGCUAAUAACAAAAAUUUAAAGUUUGUAGAUUGAUUUUUUAAACGCAUUGCAAUUCCCCUAAAAAAUACAAAUGCCAAAGGAUUCUGCAGAAAUUGAUGUUAAAUUGAGUAUGAUUUUGUUGUUUUAAUUUCAUAGAUCAAGUCCAUCGAUUUAGGGAUAGAAAAAUAUAUAUAUAGAGAGAGAAAAAUUAAACAUGUAUAACACUUAAAAUACCAUUAAAAUCAGUUUGAAAAUAAGAAAGUUAGGAUAUUCUUAGGUUUUCCCUGUUUCCACAAAACAGAUAUAUUUUGGCCUGUAUCCAAAUGUGGGAGGCAUUGAUGUGCAUAUCAGUUAUCACAGCUUAUUGAAAAAUUGAAAAUAUUCUAAAGAUACAAUUUUACAUGUGAUUUAUUAUUUUUGGGGGUAUGCUUGUUUGACUUGUCUUUAUUUAU